AUGCAGGGACAAGAUCCGUCAAUUCUGCGACCGUCUGCGUGGGUAGUGCGCACGUCUAAAGUGACUGUCACAGGAAAGGAGGAAUGGAUUCGGCUGGGCUUCGAGGACAAAGAUCUGCCACGCCUCUACAACGCCAAAGACGUGCUCGAGGAGGUGGCCUUCAUGUACCAGACCGGCGUGGGCGUAUACGAUCGUGAGGUUUAUGCCACACCAGUCAUCCCGCAGCUUGCCAAGAACGUGCGUACGUUGAAGGACUUUGCCCAGGUGCGCGGCUGGUUCGCCAUCACGCUCGGCCCCAGGAAGCUGAAGGAGGCUGCGGUUUUGCCGUCGAGCGAGGAGGAGAAGCCCAACAAGAAGGCCGUCGCCGCCACUGCUGAGGGCGAGCAGAAGAAGGGUGACGGCGUCUCCGCUGCCGCCGACGUCGAUGACGAGGACGAGGACGAGCAGUACGGGGAGGGCUUCGAAGAGCGGAUGAUCCAGGAGAUCGAGACCAUGAAGCUCGAAUUCGAGCAGUGCCGACAGCAGGAGCAGGAAAAGUUCGAGAUGGAAAAGGAAUCGUUGGCGCAGCAAAAGGAGACGGAGCUGCAGCUGGCGCGAGCCAAGUGGGAACAAGAGCAGCGCGAGCGGGAGGAGACCCUGCGCAGGGAGUGGGAAGCCAAGCUCGACGACGAGCGGAGGCGCAUUCGCGAUCUGCUCGACGCCGCCAAGGCCCAGCUCGCCGACACCAACAACGAAGCCAAGGCGGCCCUGGCCGAUGUCGCAGCCAAAGUGUAA